AGUGCUCUGUCUCUCAGUCACUCCACUCUGCCUCCAUCUCCCAGUCUCUCUUCAAUCUCACUCCCCUGCCUAGCCAAAUCGAAACCCUAAUCCCCAAAUUCACAUUGAAGGUUCAAUUUUUGCUUAUUUUUUGGAUCUUGCAUUCGCAUUUGUGUUUGGCUCACCCUUUUGAUCGAAGAUUGAAUUCACCUCAGCUUCUUCAGUAUAAAGUUUCAAAAUUUAAUCUUCAUUGGAAGAUAAUCAUGUAUUUAAGAGAUGGGUGUUCGUUAUUGUUGAAAUUGCGCAAGCCUUCAAUCCCAUUUGUGCUCAACACCAACCCAAUUUUCAAUUUUGAGAAACCCCAGAUGCAAAAUUCUCCUGUUCCAGAGUCUCAGGUGGUGAAAGUGUUGAAACAUGAGCAAGAUAUUGUGUUAGCACUUGAAUAUUUCAAAUCUGUGGCCAAUUUUGGAGCAUUCAAACACACUCAUUUGACAUACCAUGUUAUGAUUGAGAAGCUUGGAAGGAGCUCUGAAAUUGAUGGGGUUCAAUAUCUUUUGCAACAGAUGAAGUUGGAAGAGAUAGCUUGCUCUGAAGAGUUGUUUAUAGUUGUGAUGAAUUCAUAUAGGAGAGCUGGGUUGGCUGAUCAAGCUUUGAAGAUGUUUUAUAGGAUCAGGGAGUUUGGGUGUAAGCCUACAGUGAAGAUAUACAAUCACCUUUUGGAUGCCUUGCUUGGUGAGAACAGGUUUCAGAUGAUUAGUCCUGUUUAUAACAACUUGAAGGGGGAAGGGUUGGAGCCAAAUGUGUUUACAUAUAACAUUCUUCUCAAGGCUCUGUGUAAGAAUGGAAAGGUGGACGGUGCGCGCAAGUUGCUUGAAGAAAUGCCGAAUAAGGGUUGUACUCCGGAUGAUGUGAGCUACACGACGAUAAUAUCUUCCAUGUGUAAAUUUGGUCAAGUGGAGAAAGCAAAGGAGAUAGCUAUGAGGUUUACACCUGUAGUGCCUGUUUAUAAUGCUUUGAUCAAUGGAUUAUGUAAAGAGUGCAAGGUUAAGGAGGCAUUUGAUUUGAUGAAUGAUAUGGUGGGUAAGGGUGUUGACCCUAAUGUUGUCAGUUACUCUACUAUUAUUAGUUGCCUUUCUGAUAUGGGGAACAUUGACUUGUCUCUUGCAGUUUUUGCCCAAAUGCUUAUGAGAGGAUGCAGCCCCAAUAUUCAUACAUUUUCUUCCUUGAUAAAAGGUCAUUUCUUGGGAGGGAGACCCGGUGAUGCUCUUGGCUUGUGGAAUAUUAUGAUUCGGGAGGGAGUUAAGCCCAAUGUUGUCUCAUACAACACUCUCAUAUAUGGUUUUUGCUCCAAUGGGAGUAUGACUGAGGCAAUAUCUAUUUGGAAUCAGAUGGAGAAAAAUUUUUGCCAUCCAAAUGUGACCACAUAUAGCACUCUUAUAAAUGGGCUUGCGAAAUCAGGGAACUUGUUCGGUGCUUUGGAUAUAUGGAACAAGAUGAUUAAUUGUGGCUGCUGUCCUAAUGUUGUGGCAUACACCUGCAUGGUGGAUGUCCUUUGUCAGAUGUCAAUGUUUGACCAAGCUUAUCGUCUUAUUGAUAAUAUGGCUUCUGAGGGUUGUCCUCCAACUGUUGUUACAUUUAACACAUUUAUCAAAGGCUUGUGUGGUGGUGGAAGAGUUCAAUGGGCAAUGCAUGUGCUUGAUCAGAUGGAGAAAUAUGAGUGUGUGCCUAAUAUCAGAACAUAUAAUGAAUUGUUGGAUGGUUUGUUUAGAAUGAACAGAUUGGGAGAAGCUUGUGGACUUAUAAGGGAGAUGGAAGAAAGGAAAGUGGGGCUAAAUUCUGUCACUUACAACACUCUCAUGAAUGGAUUUUCUUGUCUUGGGAUGCAAGAAAGGGUUUUGCAGCUUUUGGGGAAAAUGACAGUAAAUGGAGUAAAGCCUGAUGCCAUUACAGUUAAUAUAAUUAUUACCGUAUACUGUAAGUUGGGUAAGGUUAGAACUGCGAUCCAGCUUCUUGAUACAAUUACUGCAGGAAAGGAAUUGUGUCCAGAUAUAAUAGUGCAUACUAGUCUUUUGUGGGGCAUCUGUAAUUGGUUAGGCAUUGAAGAGGCAAUUCUGCAUCUUCAGAAAAUGUUAAGCAGAGGAAUCUUUCCCAAUUUUAUCACUUGGAAUGUGUUAGUUCGAGGCUUCUUUAACAGCUUGGGUCAUAUGGGACCAAUCCGCAUCUUGGAUGAUAUUUUAGGAAAGGGAUAGUAUGCAAUUUCAAACGUCCUGAAAGGUAGCUCUGUGCGAGAAAACCAGCUUUUUGAGCCAAACCAAAAACUGGUUCAGGACUCCAGGUACAGUUUUUUUUUUAUCCAAACCUAAUCUUCUUCCCCUAGUUGACUCACCCAUGAAAACACUUCACCUUUGUCUCUCCAGGCUCCCUUAAAUAGCUGAAUUGCAACUAUAUAAUCCCAAAUUGUGAGACUCAAAUUCUAAUUCAUUCAUUCUCUCAAUUCGAACCUAGUCUUGGCUCGCCCUCUCAAUCACAAACCUAAUUGCGACUUGUUCUUUGUGAAUCUCUCAGACUCUCUGUUCAUCUUAAUCUUGGUCAAAAGACUGUGAGGAACCAUUGUCUUCACUGUGUUCAUGAAUCUUCAUGUUAGCUUGUGAAUCGCGAUUCUAUGUUCGCAAAGCUGUGACUCAUAUUUCAUCUUUCACUAGUCUAAACACAGCUCUCUUCGAAGCUUCAACAACUUUCUUUGUGUUGAGACCACGUUCUAUUUUGAGACCAAGAUUGAUUUCUGGGUAGAGUGCAUUGCUCAUUCUGUUUGAUUUCGCGUGCUCGGUUGCUCCUGUUGUUUCAUAUUGAAGCUUUGCACCAUACUGUGAUCUAUUCACAUCCUGCUUCAGAGUAAUGUAAAUCUUAUUUUUCAUAUAGAUGUACUGUUGGUCAUGUAUAGUCAUCUGCGCAUGUUAGGUUAAUGCUCCAAAGAAAAAGGUUUGAAAGCAAACAAUCCUGUAGAAGCAUUAGUUUAUGGAACAAUGGCACCUGUGGAUGUCCAGAAAGCUUUAGAGGAAUUAUUUUGAAAUUUCUUUGCUAGAUAGUGUGAUGGAAGAUACAGAAGACAAGAAAAACAUAGUUAAGUCUUGUGUUAAUGGCAUGAGAAACAAGGAUUGGCAUAUUUUGUAAGUCCUGCUGCUACUUCGACAGUCUUGUGUUUGGAUGGUCACCAUGAAAAUUGAAAACAGUGGAGUAUCCCAUGCCUUCGAACCUCACACUCCUCCACCCCAACAAGAUCUCGCAUAGGCCUUCUCUCUGGCCAAGCAAGAAGCCCCACUACGACAAAGACCUCUCUCGCGUGGACCACUAGGACAAAUGCCCGGUCCCGGUGCCCUCUCUGGAAUUGUGCUUCCGCUAGGAACGAAGUCGCCCCAGAUAUGAGACAUCGAGAAGGAAGUCAAUGACACCCAGCUCAUUGUGCAAGCUACAGAUUCUCAGGGUGUGACUCUCACAGUGAAUGCUUUAAGAUUAGGUAUAUAUUUUGACUUUUAAUUCUUUUUAAUCAGCAGUUUGAUUGGUUGGGUGAUUGAGUUUCAUUCCACUGGAAAUUUCUGAGAUUACAAAGGAAGGAUCUUUGGAAUUAA